AUGCAUUAUAUAGCAUAUUUUGGACCAUUAAGUAAACUUCCAGGUCCAAAAUUAUUUUUCUUGUCAAGAUUAUUUAUAUCUUUUCAACAAUUUACCGGUAAAAGAUGGGAAUUCAUACAAUUUAAAAUCAUUCCAAAAUAUGGUAGAAUAGUUAGGCUUGGACCAGAACUUGUCUUAAUCGCAGAUAAGGAUUUAAUUAAAGAU